AUGAUACACGUGUCGUCCGAGAACGCUCAACGAUACGACCGGGUGAAGCGUAAAGGCGUAGCAUUUCUCUCGAAUUUUUUUAAAUCGAAAAAGGUGACUUUAGGAAUGAAGAUCAACGAGGAGGAAGAAAUGGAACGUGCUCCGAAAGUUGAGACAUCGGCGAUCAUCACGAACGUCUGUCGGCGCAGUGGUAGCGAGAAUGACAAUCAGGUAUCGAGAAUUCCGUCGACCUUGAGCGUGGCGGCCGUCGAUGUUGUCGUUGCCUGUCAGCCGUCCCCAUCGCACUCGACGUUAACCUUGACGCCCGGUAGAACACGGAACAUCGAUCAGGAUAUGGAGGCGCUUAGGCUCAGCCGACAGGAUAAUCCUUUUCUACAGGUGCUUGCGAGUCGCGAGAGCCUCGUGGAGUCCAUUGAGGAGUCCGAGUCCGACGACGCCAUAUUGAUGUCUCAGGAGCUGGGUGACACCGGUCCACUGACGCUCGCGCAAGUACACGAGCACCUCGUUCGUAGUCCGCCGCCUGCCUCGUGGCCGCACACCACAACCUUCCAUUUCCCCCAUCAGAAUCAGACGACGAACGGUAAGGGUGAUGCCACCGGACCGCACUGCAAGAGCCCCACGAAGUCGCCGCCGUACCGGGGGGGCAGCGAGCACGAAAUCUCUGGAAGCGAGCCAUCUACGGAAAUCAGAGAUCGCCACUCGCACACGUUCUCGUUGCUGCAUCCGACACCGAUCCGUUCGUUGUCCGGCGUUCGACGGCUGCACAGAUCGCCGGACGACAGCGUGCAGCUGAUGUCGAACGAGUAA